AUGCAGACCGCCCCGAGCCACGUCGGCGACAUCAACACUUGGUCAGAGUUGUUUGACAUGAAACGCCGCGGGAACACUCCUUCUAGCGUUAGCUGCUUCAACGAGAAAGCCACAUUGAUCAACUUGCCACAAGAGCUGCUCCUCGUGAUCUUCCGCGCUGCUCAAGAGCCGAAUUUGAUCCACACUUGCAGAUACUUCUAUUGCUCUUUGCCAAACUUUGUCGAAUACACAAAGGAUCUGGUCGCCUUCGCAUUCGGCACACGGGACUCGGACAGCUGGCUAUGUACGAGGGAGUUCCGUCCAUGGGCCUCGUUUGUACCACCAUGUUUGAACUCUGAGUGGGCUAGUAUGGAUCGUGCUGCUUUGCAAGAACAAGUCGGCAGAAGCUCCUGGUUGAAGGUCGCACACAUCAGCCAUAUGUUCCCCGCUUUGUUCCGGUAUGCCAUUCAACAGCGUAUCCUAGAGGACACGAAUAUUGUCAUGACGCCACAAUCAAGAGCUCAAGUGGAAGACUUGUUUUCCUUCAACUUAGAGCAGCUGCAAGAGUUCGAGAUGGUCACCAUUGAUGCUACAAUAAAGGGCGAACGUCGUGAGAUAUGGCUCGCAAACAGUCCACUCACGUAUAUGUGUUUCAAUGACCUCGGACCUGCAGAGCCCGACGACGAUGUGGAAUCAGAAAGGUACUAUGAUAACUUCGACGGCAAUGCAAGGGCGUUCGACUGGUGGUCCAAUCCAAACACUGCCAGUGCAAUGCCAGUGCCAGCACUCGAACCACUUGCGACUCGACCAUACGAAAGCAGGCUCACUUGCACAACACAAGAGCUGCUGCACUCAGUCGCAUCAAGUGACGCGCUGCGAGAUCGCGCUUUCGAUCACGACGCCACUAAAAUGCCUCGAGUUGCAAACCCGCCUGCGGGUAGCCGAGCAACCCGAAACAUGAUGGCAACGCCUCACAAAACCUCAUCAAUGAAGCUUGCACUCAAUGACGACAAGGGCGAGAAAGCCGCCAGACGACAGGCACUACAGGAGAUACAUCUGAACGAGGCCCGCUCUGCCGCGUCUCCCAUGCGCAAGAUCAACCAGAGCGCGCGCAAUCGCGCCGCCUCAGACUCGCCCCAGACUCCACGAACAUCCAAUGCCAACGACUUGCGUCGACGAAUAUCAAGACGAGGUCAGCACAAUGGAGAGCCCAACAGUCCUGGUCAGCUCGAUGUGAUCGGCACCGGCGCAGUCACUCCCAUGAAACGCGUGCCUAUACUGGCAAACUUUGAAGAAUGGAUGAAAAUGGCAACAGACAACAAGAUCAAUGCUGCCAACAGCUGGAAUUUCGCCCUUAUCGACUAUUUUCAUGACAUGAGUCUGCUCAAGGAGGGCGAUGGAGUCAACUUCCAGAAAGCUAGCUGUACACUCGAUGGUUGCGUUAAGAUCUACACUUCAAGAGUCGACAGUGUCGCGACUGAGACUGGGCGACUGCUAUCCGGGUUGGCCGAUGGGGCGGAGGGCAAGGGAAAGAAGACUCGCGAAAGCGGCGAGGACGACGAAGAAGGCGAAGACGAGGACGAAGACGAGGAGGGCAACAAAAAACCAAGGGAAAAGAAAGCUGCAAAGUCACACGAGGCCACCCUUGCACCCAGCUUCGCCAGUCUGCAACUGAAGAAGUUAGAGCUGGAAUUCGCUGUCGAUCCGCUCUUCAAGAAGGCUUCAGCAGAUUUUGAUGAAGGUGGCGCCAAAGGCCUCCUUCUCAACCAUCUGAGCAUUGAUUCUGAAGGUCGGAUAGUCUUCGACAGCAGCGAUGACGCCGGUGAUCAGGCGUUGAACAACGACCAGCCAACUGAGCAGGAAGAUGCACACAGUGAGCCAUCUCCAGAGUCAGGCCCUCCUGAAGAGGCGACAAAAGUGUCAGAAGCGCUAGAAGAGGACGCUGACAUCGAUCUUGACUCUCUGGCAAUCAGAUUCUUUCCCGACAUGUCGGUACUAGAUACGCAGGAUAUUUGUCCAAGCAUGAAGACCUUCACUUUGGGAUCGGCUGACCUGACACUACCCUUUGCGAAGGCACCGGAAGACUGGCGUGAGAAAACAAAAGAGCCUGGGUCACCACAUGCACUCGAUUCUGGUCUGGACCUCGCAGAGCAAUCCGGCAUCUUCCUACACGACGCGCCAGUCCUUGGCUUCGACGACGAUGACGAAGGAAUAGGCGGCUUCGACAUGAAUAUGCCAGACAAUGUCGGCUUUGGAGAAGGCGGCGAAGCUUGGGCUCGAGAUGCUGCACUCGAGAACCAGCUGCAACCAGUGCCAGCUGGCGAAGAGCUUGACGACAAUCUCAUUGACGGAGACGAUGGCUAUGCAGUCAGUCUUGAUCACCGAGAUCGUUUCCGGAACGAUCAGGUCGAACAUGAAGGUCUUCUCGAAUAUUUCUCAAAGGCGUUCAACUCAAGAGCCAAAGUUGGGACCAAACAAUUCGUCACCUUAGAGAAUUGGCGGAUUCACAAAUUGCAGAAGGCGCGAUCGUCAGAAGGACCGGAGACUGCUAAGCCGACGCGUACUCGGAAAGAGAAAGAGCCAUUCUUCAUUGAUUUCAACGGCCCUAUUUCUUCAACACUGCAAGAUCUGCUGGACGCUCCACCUGUCAGCAAUAGUCAGAUUAGCCUACCGAAAGCCUCACGAAAGACCAAGGGUCGCAAUCUAUUGGAUCGAGAUGAUGAGAUGAUCGAUGUCAAGAACCUCAUGCGACUUUGGAUCAAGCCACGGUGUCGUGUAGGACGACGCAAGAAUGGUGGCUAUGGUGUCGUUGACGAAGGCUUCGGUGCUCGUGGCAAGCAGCAGAGCGAGGACCAAGACGAAGGCCGGAAAGGAGACUACGACGCAAAUUUCUUCGCUGAGGGUGAGGACGCACUGCCGUUUGAUGGACCACUCCCGAUCGACGAUGACGACGACGACGGCCUGGGCUUUGGCAUCGACGAAGGUCUCGGCAUCAAUGGCAACGAUGACUUCGUCGAUGCGCGAGAAAUGCUCUCUCCAGGUCCAGAAGGACAACUACAAGGCGACUUGGACGCGACACUCGCACUCGAGGGUCUAGGUCUAGGCCAAGACAAUUUGCUCGCCAGCGCGGAAGCUGCAGAUGCAGCCGGGCUGGUGGGCUCGCAAGCACUCCUGCCGGACGGCGAUCUUCCACCUGGCAGCUUCGGCAGUCAGCUCGUCACACAGCAGGGCAGACGCAUGCGGCCAGAGUAUGUCAACUACGCGCGUACAGCCAAGAAAGUUGACGUUCGACGCUUGAAAGAAAAUAUGUGGAAAGGCAUGGCAGGGCCUCUUAUGAAGGAUAUUGAUGCUGCCCUUGCCAAGAACACCGCUUUUGCUCCACAGCAGGCCGAGAACGAUGGCGACGUGGACAUGAUGGAGGUUGAUCAGGAUUCAGCCACGGAUACUCCAGGACCAGCAACGCCGCAAAACGGUAACGUAGCUGAUCUGAAAGAAGGCGAAGUCUUGAAGUUCACACAAAUGAUCUCGGAUCUGCAGAAGGUUUACCCGGCUCAGCAGAUGAAGGACAUCAGCACGAGCUACUGCUUCAUCUGUCUGCUCCACUUGGCAAAUGAGAAGGGCUUAGUGCUGGAAGGCGACGUGCUCGGCGAUGCUGAUAGUCAAGAGCAGGCGUUGGAGAAUGCCCAGCAGCACCAGCAGAAGGGACUGAUGCAGGAGAUCCUGGUGCGGAGGGAUCGGAGUGUCGGUGAGGGCUACGAGGGCGAGUGA